GGGCGCGGGGCGCGGGGCGCGGGGCGCGGGCGCGGACGGGCCGGAGCGGGCGGGCGGCAUGGCGGAGAGCGAGGCCGAGACGCCCAGCACGCCGGGCGAGUUCGAGAGCAAAUACUUCGAGUUCCACGGCGUGCGGCUGCCGCCCUUCUGCCGCGGGAAGAUGGAGGAGAUCGCCAACUUCCCGGUGCGGCCCAGCGACGUGUGGAUCGUCACCUACCCCAAGUCCGGCACGAGCUUGCUGCAGGAGGUGGUCUACCUGGUGAGCCAGGGCGCAGACCCCGACGAGAUCGGCCUCAUGAACAUCGACGAGCAGCUGCCCGUGCUCGAGUACCCCCAGCCCGGCCUGGACAUCCUCAAGGAGCUGACGUCCCCCCGGCUCAUCAAGAGCCACCUCCCCUACCGCUUCCUGCCCUCCGACCUGCACGACGGCGACUCCAAGGUCAUCUACAUGGCCCGCAACCCCAAGGACCUGGUGGUCUCCUACUACCAGUUCCACCGCUCGCUGCGGACCAUGAGCUACCGCGGCACCUUCCAGGAGUUCUGCCGGCGCUUCAUGAACGACAAGCUGGGCUACGGCUCCUGGUUCGAGCACGUGCAGGAGUUCUGGGAGCACCGCACCGACUCCAACGUGCUGUUCCUCAAGUACGAAGACAUGCACCGGGACCUGGUGACCUUGGUGGAGCAGCUGGCCCGGUUCCUGGGGGUGGCGUGUGACAAGGCGCAGCUGGAGUCGCUGACCGAGCACUGCCACCAGCUGGUGGACCAGUGCUGCAACGCCGAGGCCCUGCCGGUGGGCCGGGGCCGCGUGGGGCUCUGGAAGGACAUCUUCACCGUGUCCAUGAACGAGAAGUUCGACCUGGUGUACAAGCAGAAGAUGGGCAAGUGCGACGUGGCCUUCGACUUCUGCUUGUAGGCGCCGCCGCGCCCCUGCAUGCCCGCCCAUGCUCCGCUCGCCCCCGUGUCCUGUGCGCACCUGUCACUGUGGACACGCCGGCCACUGCCCCGGGUCGCAGGAGGGCCCGGGAGGCGGCGGCGGUGGCCUCCAGCUCUGCUCCCCAGCGGGUGCGGGUGGCCCGCGCGCGUGUCCGUGCCCACCGCGAACGCCCGUCUCAGCCCCUCGGCACUGCUGGGACCUCAGCGCUUUGCACUGGAAACCUGAAUAAAUGUCCGUCAACCAAA